GUUUAAUGUUUAGCAGCAGCUGAAAUAACACGGUCAGCACUCUGGUUUGUUAGAUAGCAUGCCGCCAAGGGGACAGAAUUAGGACAUACCUACGACUUUGGAAAGGCAAAGGUCUGUGUGUGAAAGGACUUGUCUGGGGUUGGAGGAGAGUCGCAAGCAGAAGCCGGCACAUCCACUACUUGAUUCAUCUACUGAUCCAUGUCAGCAAACUUCAGUUUGUGCAAGAAAGUUCCACUCAGAAUGGGCUCCCUCUUUGAGAUGAAGGAAAAAUUCCGCAGUGCAGAUGCAGUUUGCUUUGACGUGGACAGCACAGUAAUAAAAGAGGAGGGUAUCGAUGAGUUGGCAAAGUUUUGCGGUGUUGGUGAUGCAGUGGCAGAGAUGACACGAAGAGCGAUGGGGGGAUCUCUAACAUUCAGGGCAGCUCUAACAGAGAGACUUGCAUUAAUCCGGCCUUCAAGAGAACAAGUGCAAGCCCUGAUUACUGAACACCCCCCAAGGCUUACCGAGGGGAUAAAGGAACUAGUCUGCAGGCUGCACCAAAAAAAUGUCCAGGUCUUCCUCAUAUCUGGUGGAUUUCGAAGCAUUGUGGAGCAUGUAGCAUCUCAGCUUGACAUCCCUCUGACAAAUGUGUAUGCCAACAGACUUAAAUUCUACUUUAAUGGGGAGUAUGCUGGCUUUGAUGAGACACAGCUAACGGCAGAGUCUGGUGGAAAAGGAAAAGUGAUUGCCCAGCUGAAAGAGAAAUAUGGGUUCCGAACAAUAAUAAUGAUUGGAGAUGGUGCUACCGACAUGGAAGCCUGCCCCCCUGCUGAUGGCUUCAUUGGGUUUGGAGGCAACGUUACAAGGCAACAGGUGAAGGAAAAGGCCAAGUGGUAUAUAAAUGAUUUUGAGGAGCUACUGAGAGAAUUGGAAAACAGCAUCAAAAUGAAUCAUAAUGAUAUAAUUUACUAGUUUGCAUAGCAGCCAAUGGGCCAGAUUCAAUUCAGUGAGAAAAACCUUUUUCUCACUGAAUUAAAUCUGACCCAUUAUGUUGUAUUUUUUUUAGAUUAAGACCAUGAGUUUGUUCCUGUGUGCUGGUAUACCACUCCCAUAUUUGAAUAGAUAUUGUCAAAAUUAUUUACGGUUUUUGGCAGUGAUUUAGAAGAAGCAAAAUGUGCAAAACCUUUAUAUGUUUCUUUAAUUAUGUGGUUUAAAACACAGGCAUUUACAACCACAAUAGUUUUGGAAAUAUGCAGUUGUCUGCAAGUUGUUUGCCAUAUAAUAUGGCUAAGUUUUUCUUUUGUAUUCUUCUCUGUAUAACCUCACACUCUCAGUUUGCACAAGUGACUUUGUAGUUGUACUUGAGGCUGAUAUUUUACUAGCAGACAAGUGUUUUAAAUAUUUGCUCAAUAGCUAAUGCCUACUACCAUUGUAAACUAAAUGACAUCUCAUUGUUACCAAUUCAUUUCCUUCUAACAGUUAUAGCUAUGUUCUCCUAAAUCAUAUUGACAGAGAGUUGUGUGCAGCAUCGGUUAGGCCAGGAUAACAAUUCUUGAAUUCUUUAUUCUUUUCUUUGUUUAAAAUUUAACAAGCUUGUUAUAAGUUGUUGUUGAGUUGUCAACUCAGUGUUGCUGCCUGCUCCCAUUUCCACAUCGAAGCUAUACAUAGAACUGCAUUUUAAAGUGCAGGGAAAAGUAAAUUUGCAAACUGUCUGCAUGACAUACAUAGUAACAUAGUAAGUUAGGUUGAAAAAUCACACACGUCCAUCAAGUUCAGCCUUUUAAGUCUAUUUGAGGCCUCUCCGAUUUGCAUCAGAAGGGGAAAAAUUCCUUCCUGACUCCAAAACUACAACUACCUGUACUAUGAGCUAUCUCCCAUAACCCUGUAGUCCCUCACUUGCUAAAAAGCCAUCCAACCCCUUCUUAAAGCUAUCUAAUAUAUCGGCCUGUACAACUGAUUCAGGGAGAGAAUUCCAAAUCCUCACAGCUCUCACUUUAAAAGGUCCUUUUCCAUUAUGGAUUUGCCUAGUGCAGUCCCAUUAACUGCUUAUGGGAAGUGACAUAAUUGACCAUAACUGUAAUACAUGUGUCUUUCGACCUUGCUGCAAAGGCCAUACCUAGAUCAGAUCAUUGUUGAUUAACGCCAUAUUAUUACUAUAAACUAUUAAAAUCCCAGCCAUACAAAGUACAAGAAUGGUGCUUUUCAUCCCCAAGUGCGUACUCUGCAUUUUUAUGUUUUUGGUUCAUGUCAUUUCACUAGGGAUGGGCGUAUUUGACCCUUUUUGCUUCGCCAAAACUUUGCUGCGGGCGAAAUGACGCUGACGCCCAUUAAAGUCUAUGGGCGUCAUUUUUGCGACGAAACAAGGUGAAAAAAUUCGCCCAUCCCUACAUGUCACACUUUUUUUAAAAAAUAAAAAAACUUUUUUUAUAAUAGUAAGUUCAAGAGAAGAAAGUAUUCUUUUGCACUAAUUACUUUUUAUUAUUAAGAUUUCCUUUUACAGACCUUUCUAAAAGGAUCGUGUUUUGAUGCAAUAAGUAAAUUGUUUAUGCUAUGUAUCUCGUUUUACAAACUGUUGUGUUCAACAGUUAAGCACCUUUUCCCUGCAUGUUAGUAGGGAGCACUUUUAAAUUACAACUAUUAGCAAAAGUAUAACUGCCUGACUAAGCAGUAAGUCAUUUUCUUUAGAAUAAUGUAACAAUAGUGACCUUUGAUACUGUCAAAUGACCAACUCCGCACUCACUGACAUGAAUGUGCUAGGUUUGUGUGUAACUGACAUUAAACCUCAUAGUAAUUGGCUGCUGUAUAUUGGACACAACCCACCAAGCUGAUCUGAGUCAGUGAAGUUGCACAUACAAAUCAGUUCACCCAAUUGUUGAUAUUUUACACCAAAUCUUAACAUAUUAUACAAAUCUGUGUGUAGUGCAGAAGGUGAAAACGUAUCUCUGCUCUGAAGAUUCUUAAAGGAGAAGGAAAGGCUGUAAUAACUUGGGGGUGCCAAAAGUUAUGCACCCCAAGUGAUUGUAUUUAGUUAGCUGACACCCGGGCCAGUGCUCCUAUCAGGAGAAAACUGCACCGGUCCAGGGGUUUCUUCCAGUGAGCACUACGGAGGGAUUGACUUCUUUCUUUGUGAGGGUGCACAUGUGUAGUAGCGUGAAAAGCCGACCUAAACGAAGAAGUCAGCUAUUUCGUUCUACUGUGCAUGUGUCUGCCCCAGGAAAUUUGAAGAAAGAAUAAGAAAGCCGAUCACUCCAUGAAGCUUGCUGGUAGAACUCCCAGACCGGUGCAGUUUUCUCCUGAUAGGAGCACUGGCCCGGGGUGUCAGAUAAGUAUAUAUAAUAACUUGGGGGUGCCUAACUUUUGGUACCCCAAGUAAAUAGACCUUUUCUUCUCCUUUAGAUGUACUAAUCAUAUCAUUUAAAAUGUUACUAUGGGAUAUUUCCUUUAAAUAGAAAUCAGACAUUCUAGUGUCAUAACAUAGGCAAAAUAGUAUACCUAACAGUAGACUAGCAAGUGAUUUGACUAUUUCCUUAUGACAUUCCAUGUGUAUUUGCCUCACAGAGACAGGCCCCUAGGUGCAUCCUUGGACAAGGAGUGUAUUAGCACUGGCCCAAAUCCUUGGCAGAUCACACACAUCCAGAAAUUUCCUUUGGUAAAGGUAUAAAUAAUUGAAUUAUUCUUUACUGUGUAUUAUAACUUUUUGUGCAAUUUUCAUAUAGGAAAUUUACUGUAUCUGAAUGAAAGACCUUUAUGUAUUACGACAAAAGGAAUUUGAAUUUAAAAAAAAAUUGAUUUCCACCUGUUAUUGCACAUGCCGAUCCAACAGUCAAAAAAUGUUUGUUUUAAUCAUAUGCCGUAGAUGUUGAAUAAACUUCUUUUCCAAGCAAA